AAUAAUAAAUGUUCGAUAUUCGAACCUCAAGGUUGUGAGUCCUCAUAUGUGUUCAAAUAUUGUUUAAUUGUUUAUACAAACAAAAUUCUACAACCGAUAUAUAUUGAUCGUGAACCAGAUAGAAUGCAUAUUCUCCCUUGACGAUUAUUUGACACACUUCAGAUAUUGGAUAAAAAAUGGGAGUAUAUUCGGUAGUUUUGAUGGCCGCCUGCAUGAUCAUCGGAGCCUACGCACAAUGCAACAGAAAUUUGAUCCCAGAUCUUAGCUUCAAACUAUCAGGAAACCAGUUGGUUUUCCCAUGUGAAAGCACCAAAAACAUUUACACUACAUCCGGUCGUUACGUACCCCAAAAUGUCAUCGCUACCAGGAUCCAGAUCUACAAGGACAACGCCAUCGUAGCUCUCCCAAGGUACAAACACGGUGUGCCAUUUACCCUUGGCAAAUUUUCAUUGAAGACAAAGGGAUGUAAGGCUGAUUUGGAGCCGUUCCCAUGUUGGGCACUCCAAGAAGAGGGCAACUGCAACGCUUUACAAAACGUAGUAGACAUCUUCGUUGAUGGAAACAACGUUCUGUGGAUCCUGGACACCGGCAUUACCAACACCUUGGAACAACCCGUACGUAGAUGCGGUCCAAAAAUCGUGGCCGUUAACUUAGCUGACGGCAACAUCAUCGGGAAGGUCGAUUUGACUCCAUUCGCAACAGCCGAGAGCCGUCUCCAAUACCUAGUGAUUGACUACGCACCUGACGGUCGUGCCUUUGCCUAUGUUUCCGAUGGUGGCACCGGAUCCAUCGUAGUCUACGACAUCGUCGGUAACAGCGGUUAUCGUGUAGUCCUGCCCAAGGCUGUCCUCAGCUCCUGUGAAGCAAUGGACGUUUUAUACAUGGCUCUUGCCAGACAACCCUGCGGCAACAUCCUCUACUUCACAUACCUCUCCUCCAAACACCUAUACUCCAUCAAGAGUGAACUUCUCCAAACCGGAAAAGCUUCUGGUUCCAUAAUUGAUGUGGGACCUAAACCACUCGGCCAAAAGAUCGUUCUCCUUGGAACUGACAACGGAGCAGCCAUCUUCUUCAGAUACAAGAGCGAGUCGGACAUUUACAUCUGGAACAGCGCCACUCCCUUCAAAUCUGAAAACUUCUUGUUGGUCCAGAACGGUGGACCGUGCAGACUUCCGACCCAGGUGGUGCCCGGUUACAAGAGGCUCAUGUGGGCCAUCGAGAGUAACUUCCACGACUUUGUUCAGAACACGGUCGGCUGUUUGGGAGCUUCCAUCGCUGUACACCCUCUCAUCAAAACCAGUGACUAAAUGGUCUGAUUAAUGUUGAACAGAAAGUCUGUGAUCUAUUUAUGUUGUACACAUAAAUAUAUAAAUUAUUGUUAUA